UUCCACAUUUCCCACAUUUCCCCAAUUAAAACCUACAGCACUCUUAUUUUCUCUCCUCCUUAGGUUCGUUACUUUCGCUCCAUCAAACAAAGGCGACAAAUUGGCGAUGAAGCUCAAAAUCAAUGAAAUUCGCAGGGUUCCAUGAAAUUCCUCAACAAAAUCGAGAGCUUAUCAAAUUUAAUUAGUCUAAUAAAGCUGCAAAUAAGAGACUAUUUGAAUCAAAAUCGAGCUUUAUCAAGUAUUCCGGAUGCAAGUUAAUUAGGUUUUUUUCCUCCGAAUUAAAGAUUCGAGUAUUAUCAGGAAUGUCGUAUUCGAAGACGAGUGAAUUUAUACGAUUUAAAGAGUUUGCAGUGGAGCAGCAGUCUAUCCUGCUCGGUUCAUUAUCCCAAAACACAGAUUUCUCCAGUCAGCGACCUAGAAUGUCUUCAACGAUCGCAUCUCAUUUUAAAAGGCAGUUCAAAGAUUUACUGUGGAACAGGAAGAAGAGGUCACUUCAGAGUAUUGUAUCACUAUGUGAACCGGCAGGUGAUUGGCAGACGAUUAGUUACAAUGAUAUACCUUUCUUGCAAACACAGGAUGACAGUAACUACAUGAUUUCAAGUGAUCGCUGGUUAACGAUUAUUCCAGACAAUCUACAUAACUAUUGUGGAAAGGAAAGAUUGGACACUCGUGUUGCAGGUACUUUCUGUAAAGUCCUUAAAAAAUGUCUUACCUGUGAGGGUUUGUGCAUUGUAGAUCCACAUAUUUGGGAGUCCUGCAUCGAGAAAAUAGGCAUUGAUUUUGAGUUUAGCCAUUCCGUUUAUGCUGAUGGUGUACUAGAGAUUCAUAUAGGUGUUCUAGAUGAUGGUCACUUCUUCUCCAUUCACGCAUAUAUUGGAGGUCUCCAUAUAUAUAUCAUGGACUCACUCCAUGAUGAUCUUGCUGUUUGUCACAAACUGCAUGUUUCUGUGCUGAUACGACAUUUGUAUCAUCAUCACAAUAUCAACAUGGACGCAUGGAGUAUUCUUUUUGUAGUUGAUAAUCCCAAGCAAAGCAACAGUUAUGAUUGUGGAGUUUUUAUGCUCAAGGCUUUAGAGUGUUGGAUUAAGAAAGUGAAAUUGCCCUUCUCAAAGGAUAAUGCUCAGAAUGCAAGACAUUUUCUUCUUGCACAAGUAGGGGCCAAGGAUCUGCAGCUUCCUCCCAGGCCCGACCCUGGGCAUAGGCGAGGAGUGCGACCGCCUAGAGCGCAAGGCCGAAAGGGUCCCAAAAUUUGUCCGCUUCACUAACUGUUUAUACAUAUAUUAUACGCCCGCAAAAUUGAAAUGGAUAGAUUAAUGUAGCAUAUUAUAUCAAAGUUAAAGAGUAUAAUCAACUAAUGUAGUCAUAACCUCCUAUAAUCCUAUUGAAGAAAAUACAAAAAUAUUUACUAAAAAUUAAAACAAGAUGUUGGAUAAAAAAUGGGACACAUACAUUUCUAGAUAAGAAUCACAAAGAAGUUGCCAAAAUAAAAAAGUAAAGAGUAAAUUGAUUGUAAAAAUAAAAUAUAAUUACUUAGCUUGUUUUUUGUAAUUUGUACUUCUUACUUCUAAUAUUUGGUUGAUUAUCGUAAUUAAACAUAUUAUGAAAUAUUUUUAUUGGAAAAUAAAUUAAAAUUUAACGAAAUAAUUAACAUUAGAUAUUUUUUGAAAUAAAGGGCUUUUUUUUCUUGUUUCGCCUAGGACCCAUAAAUUGUUAGGACCGGGCUUGCUUCCUUCGU